UAAGCAAGAGGACUUUCACAUGAUAAACAGAAAUCAAUGGAGAAGCAAUUUCCCCAUAAUGACCAACAAAAUGGCGUCAGUGAGGUUCCUACGGUGGACUCUGGUUCAGUAUCUAUUUCCAGCAACAAGGGUACAAAAGUCACGCGUGAAGAUAUUGAAGUUGUCCAGAAUUUGGUUGAAAGAUGUCUGCGGUUGUAUAUGAACAAAAAUGAAGUCGUCAAUACCCUGUUAGAUCGUGCUAGGAUUGAGCCGGGCUUUACAAGCUUGGUACUUGAGAAAUUGGAAGUAGAAAAUGCAGAAUUUUUCAAGGCUUACUACACGAGGCUAAAGCUGAAAAAUCAAAUUGUUAUGUACAACCGUUUGCUUGAGCAACAAUACCAUCUGAUGAAACAGCAAGAGCCUCCAGAGGUUCCAUUGCCUCCCUUGCAUAAUGGGAUGCAUUACAUGCCAGUUAACAAUUUACCUAUGGGAUACCCCGUCAUGCAGCAACCUCCAUUUCCGUCUAAGGGUCAUCACCAAAUCAAUUCCAUAGGCACUAUAUCGAGUUGUCAUUUGGUCAAUGGAAUCCCUGCUCAUGGAAAUUUCCACCAUAUGCCCCUGAACUUAUGUCAAGAGUGAGGAUUCUAUCUCACA